CAAUUGGGUCCUCAAGUCCCCUUCAUGACGAAGGAUAUAUGGGUGUUUUAAGAUUUUUCCUCUGUAUCUCCACUGUCUUUCUACUCCUUCUCUCGUCUCUCUGCUUUGUUCAACGGCACUCGUCGGCCAACCACCGGCUGAGGACUUUCCAGAUUGAAUUUUGCCUAAAACCAAAAAUGUCAGAACUAAGCCUGGGUAUACUUGUUGAUAUCGUUGAUGAAGAAUGGAUGAGGGACACUCUUCCUAAUGAUGAUCUUCCAUUACCACCCGUUCUUGUUGUUCGGAAUGAUGACACUGAGGAUUCAAAUCAAGAGGCUCAGCAAGUUGAUGGAGAUACUUGGCAUGAUCUUGCUUUAGGCACCCAAUGAACCUUCUGAGCAUCAAGCAUAUCUGUUAGGUGGUUCCUUGCUUGCUUUCUGUAGAUGUAUCUGAUUCUGUUGUUAUAUACAUUAGUACCUGCUUGUUCUGAAGUUUUGGAUGGUAUUUCUUCCAUAAGUAACCCAACAACUAUCAUUUAGACCUUCAGAGAAUCAAGCAUAUUUGAUGGAAAUGAGCUGUAAUUAAGUGGUGUUUUGCCUGCUUUCUUUAAAUGUAUCUGAACCCUUCACUUGACAUAUAAAUUGUUACCUGCUGGCUCUGAAGUUUUGGAUGGUAUGUAUUGAAUAAGUACUCCAACAAUGACAGGAACAGCCUAAUGUUCUUGCAAUGAA